AUGCUUCCGGAACCCCGGGCGAUUUUCAUACACAACUGUCUGCAAGUCCUGGGUUUGACUAUACUCUAUUAUGACCACUAUCUCACAUUUCCUCAAGAGUUCAAGCACAUCUGGCGGCACCCUCGAUACGCAUCCGCAUCUACAUUCUGGUUCCUCUUGAAUCGCUAUGUCAACUUCUUUGGAGACAUCGUAGUUGCUGUCUUCGUCUUCAUGAACCUGAACUCUAAGUGGGGUCUCCUAAACCAGCAUUCAACCGUCCUCCCUAACUCUGGUUGUCAUGUUACCCUGGCGCGUGUGACCGGUAUCCGGAUAGCGAUAGCGUGGGAGGCGCUCUUCGCUCUGGAUACUCUUAUAUUCGCCUUGACAAUAUUUCGCACCUGGAAACUGUCCGAGGGAGGAAGAGUAAAUUCGCGCUCAAGGCAUGACAUCGUCCUUCUCAUAACCCGCGACGGAGCUCUCUACUUCGGGGUUAUGGCAUUGGCAAACCUGUCCAACCUAGUAACGUUCUACUCGGAUGAACCUGCCUUACGCGGGUCUCUCUCAACUUUCGCCAGCGCCAUCUCCGUUUCGAUGUGCUCACGUGUCAUUCUCAACCUUCACGAGAGCGCAUACCGCAAUGCUCAUCUCCCCACGACGACCUUCGCGGACAGGAUGUUGACGUCGCCUACUGGCUUAGACGGCUCGCAUGGUCAGCAGUUGACGACUUUCUUCGACGCUCGGGCCGAAUUGUCUAUUAUGGCUCGAGACAACACCAAAGAUAUUCAAAUGGAUGAGUUCAGCAUCGCGCGCGCGACAUCCCCAUGCAACAGGCCGUCGUAUACACUCUCGGACAGCGAUCGCACAUGGACAUCGUGGGAGGGACCGUUUGAACGCUAG